CACAACGGUUCUAUAACUUUUCCAUUCCCCGAAAUAACCCCAAGGCCCACUCCGAAGGUCUCUGAUCUCUCUCUUAUCUUCCUACUUGGGUCGUCCGCUCCUACCCUCCAUUAUUCUCCACACUCUUGGGUCGGGGUUUGCAGAACCACGUUCGGGACGAACCCAAGGUUUCCAGAUUUGGCCAUUUCUCAAGAUCGGCUAUCUCUAGGGUUGGAGUUUUCGUUUUGGGGGCGGCGGCCAUGAGGGUUCAUCCGGCUCCCAAGAAGCGGAACAUCACGUUCCGGUACGACGUCGGCGCCGCCCUCUUGGCGGCUGAUGCGGUCGUGCUGGGCCGGCAGAAGAAGCUCCGCCGCCUGCCCCACAUCUUCAGCAAGGUCCUCGAGCUUCCCCUCGCCGCCGAAGCCGACGUCGCAGUCCACGAGGGUCCCGACGACUUCCGCUUCGUCGCCGCCGCCGGUGACCUCGUCGGCGGAACCUUCCGGGCUCACGCAGUUCGGAUCCACCCCGGCGUGAUGAAGGUUGUGGUCCGGGGCGAUGGGCCUGCCGGCAGCGGCGGGGACGCUGGCCGGGACCUGGACGGCCUCGAGUUCGACCGGUGGAGGUUCCGGCUCCCGCCGAGCACCAGGCCGGCGCUGGCUACCGCCAAUUGCAUCGAUGGAGAGCUCGUGGUGACCGUUCCGAAGGCCAAGGGCUCUGAUGAUCCUGAUGAGGAGGAGGGGGAGGAGGAGGAUGGGGGAGGAGCAAAGCUGUGGGGUCAAGAGGAGAAAGGGGGUCUCAGAGGCAAUGGAGGCAUGGACCGGCUUGUAGUUGUACAGUAAUAUGCUUCACUUUUCUUUAAAGAUAAAGAUGGUUCUUUUGGAUCAUGGUUGAACUAUUUGUCAUAUUUUCAGUUCAAUUGAAGAGUCUUUCCUGUAAGUAUAUAUAGUGUUUGUUGUGGUUACUUUGCAAUUAGCUAGUCAAGUUCAUUCUUUUGACCUCAUUGCUCUGUCAAUGAAGUGGGGAAUUCUUGAUGCCCAUCUGCAUUGAACUGGUGGCGCUUGGUUGUCAAAUGGAAGCAUUUGUAUAUAUAUUGAAUUUGGGCUUCAUAAGAGAAGUUUGGAUGUGAUUUAGUUCACUUUCAUGUCCCAACUAGAACUCCUGUAUGUUCAGUUUUGAUGUUGACUUGAUUAAUACCGGUUGUCUA